AUGGCCGAUCGUCAAGAACCUUCCUCAGCCAUGCGAUGCCAUUUUUCCCCCAAUGAAAAUCCAUUCCUCCCCCAGGUAUCCAUUCUACAUGCUGGGUUGUAUCGACACAGAGUGGAAGACGAUCACCUGGCUGAGGUACACCGUCUGGAUACCCCUGUACCCUCUGGGGUGCUGGCUGAAGCGGUUGCAGUGGUCCAGUCCAUCUCAGUGUUUGACCAGAGCAGACUGUUCAGUAUCCCUCUACCUGAGGCCCUGGGCUCCUCUGCCAGCUUCUCCUGUGUCCUCUAUAUCUACCUACCUCUCAUGGUCAUCGGGCUUCUCAUCAAUUUCCGCCACCUGUACAAACAGAGGCUGAAGAGGUUCCGGACCAAGAAGAGGAAGUCUAACUGACUUUUUUUUUUUAUAUUUGACCUCCAACAACCUCUGCUUCCCAUCAUCUCAUCUAGGUUGACUAAAUUCCAGUAUUUUUCCUCAACAUUUCCAGAAGUCCCAGUUAGGAGAACCUUGGAAUUUUCCGUUGUAGUAAGACGUUUUCCUGCUAACAAACAUCCUCAGGGGAAAGUCACAUAAGAUGUAUGUUUUUGUCACGUCAAUCAAUAUGAGCAGCUCCACUUCCUGGGUAAAUUGUGUAAAGAUUAAUAAAAAAAAUACUCAUCGUUGGAAAAAAAUAAA